AUGGAGAAAUUCAAACUCGUCAAAGAGAUUGGAAGAGGUGGCUAUGGAAGAGCGCUACUUGUCCGCUCACAAGUUAAUGGGGAGUUAAAAGUCAUCAAGGAGAUAAAUUGGUCAUUAUCCUCUAAAGAAGAGAAAGAAGCUGCAUUAUCUGAGCUCAAAAUCCUAAAAACAGUCAAUUGUGAUAACAUUAUCAAGGUAUGUAGUGCAGCAGAAACAAAGGGAAAGCUACUCAUCUUAAUGGAAUAUGCCGAUGACGGAGAUUUGGAGAAAAAGAUUCAAUCGUCAAACGGCCGUUUAUUUUGUGAAGAAGUGAUUAUUGAUUUCUUUACUCAGACAUGCCUUGCAGUUAAAUACCUACAUGAUAGGAAGUUGAUACACAGGGAUAUUAAACCAGCAAACAUUUUCUUGUGCAGUGGCGGAAUUGUCAAACUUGGAGAUUUCGGCUUGGCAAGGACCCUGGAUACGACGAUGGAUCAUGCAGUUACACAGGUUGGAACAGCUCUUUAUGCCGCUCCCGAGGUUCUCAAAGGCCUACCAUAUUCAUUUUCAGCAGACUGUUGGGGAUUGGGCUGCGUUUUGUAUCAUUUGAUGGCACAAAGACCUCCUUUCCUCGGGGAAACUGUUGCAAAGGUUGCAAAAAAUGUAAUUUCUCAAAAGGUAAAAAUACCAUCAAGGUAUUCAGAUGAGCUAAGAGAAAUCUGCCAAGGUCUACUUGAGAAGGAUCCAAAGAACAGACUGACUGUUAGUGACGUCUUAAACCGACCAAUUUUGAGAUUGAAAGCAGCUCAAUUAAUUGGGGCGAAAGAGGCUGAAAUUGAACUUGGACACACCGUAUUUCAUGGAUUACCUGCUGGCCAAACUCCACAAGAUUUCAUAAGAAAACUCGAUGAAGUAAGGAAAAAUCAAGAAGAUCUCAAUUGUGAGAAUGUUGAUAUGCGCUUCACAUUUAUGGGUAGACCAAUUGGAGUUGAUGAAUCUCUUCCACCAGAGAAGAAAGCUGAAUUUGUUAGAAAAUUUGCAUCUUCAUUGGUCGGAAAAAAGAGACUUUCUGAGCUUGAAGAUAUGCUUGAUGAUUCAAAUAGAGAAGAACUUCAAACUCAUGAAGAAUAUCUGAUGCAACUUUUGGCAGAAUUGAAAGAAUAUCUUGAAUAA